AGAUAUGAGGAGGUAGGUCAGUUGGAGCCCAUCAAAGAAGAAGGCAAAGCAUACGAAGUUGGCCAGCUUUUUCUACAUAAAGUGUUGGGUUAUCGAGGUAUUGUGUUAAACCCAUGGAGGGUGACAGUUUAUGACCAUGAUAAAGUCACUAAACGGGAAGAAAAUCAAGAUGAAAAAACUACAUCUGAUUCUUCCCAAGUUACAGGUAAAAAACAGACGUAUUAUGAAGUAUUAAUGGAUGAAAGAGACUAUCCAUAUAUUAGAAUUCGAGCUGAAUCAGUAACAUUUAUUGAGCAAGUAGAAUAUCCCUUUAAAUUGUGUUUUUCAGGUUUAGAUUACGUAGCUCAUGAUGAUAUUAUACCUUAUCACAGUAAAGAGAAAACACCAAUAGUUAAUCAAUGUUUUAAUAAGUUUUUACUUUAUGAUCCUGAAAGCUCACCUCCUUUUGUUAUGACAGAAAUGUUACGAACAUGGCAUGAUAAAAACAUCACUGAGUUACAGCUGUCUGAAGUUCGUCGUGAAACAACAGAAAAUAUCAGAGUCACAGUUAUUCCCUUUUAUUUGGGCAAAAAGGUCAUUAUACUUUUCUCUUUCCAUUGUUAUUUUUUAUUCCAGUGGCGUUAUUGUGUUAGAUUAGAGAACCUUGGGGAAGAAACUGUACAAUUACGUGAAAGAGCAUGGAAAAUCAUGUCUUUAACUGGGUCCAUUGAUAGAGUCACUGGCAGAGGGGUGCUGGGAGAACAACCAAUAUUAUCAGGAGAAGACCCAACAUAUAAAGCUUACCAAUAUAGUAGUCAUGUUGUUCUACAUGCAGGCAGUGGGUAUAUGUGGGGUAGUUAUCGGAUGGAGAGGCGUGACGGAACAUCCUUCAAUUGUAAAAUUCCUAAGUUUUAUUUGGAAAGUAAACAUAAAAGUGAGAAUGGAUAUCUAGGAAGUUAG